UGUCAAUUACCAUUUAUCAUCGUAGGUAAAUUUUUUUGUUAUUUAUAUGCAAGGAAGGUGCAACAUGCUUGCUACAGAAAGGGAGAGAGGAACAUGGAUUCCAACAGAGAAGAAGCUGAGCAAAAGCCUCAUGCAAUCUGUGUUCCAUUGCCAGUUCAAAGCCACAUAAAAGCCAUGCUUCAAUUCUCAAAGCUUCUUCAUCGAAAAGGUUUUCACAUAACCUUUGUCAACACCGACUUCAACCACCAACGUUUCAUCAAAUCCAUGGGUGCCGGCGCCUUAGACGGCCUGCCGGACUUCCGGUUCCAAACCAUCCCGGACGGUCUACCCCGUUCCGAUCCCGAUGCCACCCAAAGCUUCUUCUCUCUUUGUGAUUCCAUUGCCAACAACAUGUUGCCUCCAUUUUCCGACCUCCUCGACAACCUCAACAAUCCCCAACCAACUUGCAUUGUCUCGGAUCCUUACAUGACGUUUACAAUGACGGCAGCAGAAAAGCUUGGAAUCCCCAUACUUAUGCUCUCCACCAUCUCUGCAUCCGCCCUUAUGCUUUGCAACCAGGUUUCUUCGGCGAGGGACAAAGGGCUCAUACCACUUAAAGAUGAGAGCUUUCUGACAAAUGGGUAUUUGGAAACGACUGUAGACUGGAUUCCAGGUAUGAAAGACAUCCGUUUGAUGGAUUUCCCGAGCUUUAUUCGAACCACAGAUCCAAAUGACUUUACAAUUAGCAUUAACAUCGUAAUGGAAGUAAUGGAGAAAGCUACAAAAGCUUCAGGAGUUGUAAUCCAUACAUUUGAUGCCUUAGAGGGAAAAGUUUUGGGUGCUCUGUCACCUCUGUUUCCUAAUGUUUAUGCAGUUGGACCACUCCAACUAUUACUGAAUCACUCACCCAACGAUGACCCUUUGAAGGCAGUUGGGUAUAGUUUAUGGAAAGAAGAAGAUGAGUGCCUCCAUUGGCUUGAUUCCAAGCAACCCAAUUCAGUGAUAUAUGUGAAUUUUGGCAGCAUAGCUGUCAUGACCCAACAACAGUUGCUUGAAUUUGCUUGGGGGCUUGCAAAUUGCAACUUUCCAUUUUUGUUCAUUGUAAGGCCUGAUCUAGUUAAUGGUGAAUCCGCAAUUUUGCCGCCGGAGUUUUUGUUAGAAACUAAAGAAAGAGGUGUAAUAGCUACUUGGUGCCCUCAAGAGGAGGUGUUGAACCACCCCGCAGUCGGGGUGUUCUUAACACACUGCGGUUGGAAUUCAAUGAUUGAAGGCCUGUCGGCCGGGGUGCCGUUGCUUUGUUGUCCAUUCUUUGGGGAUCAGCCAACAAAUUGUAGGUAUGCUUGCAAUGUGUGGAGGAUUGGGAUGGAGAUUGAGAAUAAUGCCACAAGAAAGGAGGUGGGGAAGAUUGUGAGAGAGUUGAUGGAGGGAGAGAAUGGUAAGAAAAUCAAGCAGAAUGUGUUGGAGUGGAAGAAAUUAGCAGAGGAGGCCACGGAUCUGCAUGGUUCAUCAUUCAGAAAUUUGGAAGAUUUAGUCAACUUGCUUUUAUCAAAAGGUUAAUUAAUUAGAAGAUUAACAAGACACUUGCUGGGCUAAUUAAUGAUGUAAACUGUAGCUUAUUUUAGUGCAGCAGAAGUUUAAUUAAUUAAAUAAGGAGUUUUAUCUCCAUUUGUUUA